AUAACGAAUCAACACCUUUAUGACGGUGUAAAAAAACUGAUCAUCAAAAUGGUAGAGAAGUUGUAUUAGUCUGCAUUAGACUGUACAGGUGUACCUAAUAAAGUGGCCACUGCUGUUCCUUUUAUUUUGUCCACCUCCCUUUGCUGUCUGGAUACCGCCAGAGAAACAGGGUCUUACCUUUGCCCCCCGGUCCAGUAGGGGGCGGUAGUUCCCCACAUUGAACACUUUGCGUUGCUCGGUCUCAUGUCCGUGUUUACAAUCGAAGCGUGACGUUCACGGACUCGCACGUAUACGUUUCGCAACUAAAAGCCAUUCAUUUCCUCUAAAAAAAAUGUCCAAAAUGCUGUCGCUGAAAGCUUUCCUCAACGAGAGACUGACGGCAGCAGCGGAGGAGAUAUUUGGAGCUGUUGAAAAGACAAUAGCCGAGUACAAAGAGGAGAUUUCUCGCUCAAAAGAUUUAGAAAUCAGCCGUCUCAGGAUGCAGCUCAAGCUUCUGAAGUCAGACCACCGGGUAGACAGAUGUCUAGGAGCCCAGCUGCAGCAGCACACCCAUCACCACCACCAUCCUCCUCCUCCUCUUCCUCCUGCUCAGCAUCAGUCAGUCCCUGCAGUGGAGGCUCCUGAGUCCCAGCACUGUGAGGAGGACGGGGGCAGCAGCAUGGAGCAGGAGCACCCAGAGCCCUCACAGGUCAAGAAGGAGCAGCAUAAAGGCCACAGGGAUUUCUGGAUGGCUCACGAUGAAGAGCAACUCGAAGGCCUUGACGCAGACAUCAAAGACUUUAUCUCAUCUCCCUCCAGUCUGAAAACUAGUCUGCAGGACCCCACCUUACCUUUCCAUCCCUACCACCACCACCACCACAACAACAAUAACAACAACAGUAGCAGCAGCGAGGACGGUAAAGAAAAACCCUACAGCUGCUCUGUUUGUGAAAAGCGUUUCAAUAACUGCUCCCACCUCGCAGCUCACAUCAGGACGCACACAGGGGAGAGGCCGUACAGAUGUGAAAUAUGCAGAAAGACCUUUAUCACAACGAGUGCUCUGAACAGACACCAGACCAUCCACACGGAGGGGAAACACUUUGUGUGUAAUUAUUGUGGUAAAUCCUUUAAAUGGAUGGAGUCUCUUGGCAGACACAUGAGGAGUGUUCACAAGAGGGAAAAUAUGCCUGUAUGACACUGUAUAGUUGAGACACUGAAACUACACCUCUCCAACAGAUUAGAUGUGAUUUUACUGUAUAUUAGCCAUCUAUGGUUUAAUUACAUAACACCCAAUAGCUGCAACAAAUAAGGUAAAGUCUGUUUUCUAUGUUUAGUUGUGAAUUAUGUUGGUAACUGUGCAUGGACCUCAUGAAGCCUUGUGUACAUAAACACUAGCUGCAGUAAGUUAUGUGUCAAUAAGUUGUGAGAGUACAGUCACUUACAGAAAGUUGUUUUUUUUAAAUUAUGGUCAGUUUUUCAUUCAAAAUAAAAUACUGAACAUUUUGUUAUUGUUGAGUGGAUUCCUCUUUCUG